UCCCAGUCCCCUGACCUGAACCCCAUAGAAAACCUGUGAGGUGAACUGAAGAGGAGAGUCCACCAGCAUGGACCUCAAAAUGUGAAGGAUCUGGAGAGGUUCUGUAUGGAGGAACGCUCUCAGAUCCCUCGCCAUGUAUUCUCCAACCUCGUCAGGCAUUAUAGGAGAAGACUCAGAGCUGUUAUCUUGGCAAAGGGAGUUAGCACAAAGUAUUGACUAAAAGGGUGCCAAUAAUUGUUGCACACCUAUAUUUAACAAAGAUUUUUUUUUGAUAAACCUGUGUUGUGUUUGCAAUUGUUUGAUAUCCAUGAGAGCAGAGUAUUUUUGUGAAUUUUUUUUAACAAAAGAUCAAAAGUUUCAACAAUUUUUCACCAUCUUUUUUGCUCAUAUUUACCAAGGGUGCCAAUAUUAAUGGAGAGCACUGUAUCUGUCUGUCUGUCGGUCUGAUCCAGUGUGUAACUUCAGUGUUCAUAAGUGAUUACAUUGAACUGGUUUCUGGUGUGAACUCCUACACAGAAGACACAGAUUAGUAACAGCUGAUGGACGACGCUCUAUGUUUAAUUUUUUAUUUUUUAUAAAUGUAUUUUCCUUUUUUCAUUUUAGGUUAUAAACAACACAAUGGAGUGGAGGCUGGUACUGGCUAUGUCGUGCCUGAUUGCUGCAAGUGCAAUGGCAGACACUUCAAGUCAUCAGACUGCACUGAAUACUUCAACAAACACGUCUUCAACCCCGAGCACGUCUACAAACACGUCUUCAACAAACACGUCUUCAACCCCGAGCACGUCUACAAACACGUCUUCAACAAACACCUCUUCAACAAACACCUCUUCAACAAACACCUCUUCAACAAACACCACUUCAACAAACAUCACUUCAACAAACACCACUUCAACAAACACCACUUCAACAAACACGACUUCAACAAACACGACUUCAACAAACACGUCUACAAACACUUCUGUACCAGCUGCAGCAUUCAACUUGGCCUUUAGCAUCAAUGAAACCUUUUAUCCAGCACUGGCCAAUACCAGCUCUCCAAAUUUUACAGCAAAAGCUCAAAGUAUCCGUAAUCAGGUAUGUUUACUUAUUAUUGCUACCAGUCAUAAUCCAUUUUAAUCUUCU